AUGAGCGACACUCCUUUUAAAAUUUUGCGACGCCCCACGCAACCUGAACCAGAAAAUGAAGAAGAGGUUGAACCGCCUCCAACCCAAACAAAGACUUUAGAGGAAAAAGAAGCCCAUUAUGCUAGUGUUCGGCGUAGGAUAAUGGGUGAAGAUUAUAAUCCAAAUGUAAACAUUACCGAAGAGAGUAGUGUUGAAAAAUCUUCGGAAACCAAGCAGCUUGACAAAAACUCAUCGGUAACUUCUUCGGUGCCUGUGUCUGCUAAUAAGUCACCACCAAAUAAGCCUGCUGCCGUUCCGUUGAUGUCCAUUCCAACACCUGCUCUCGCAUAUAACAAGUCAUUCGAAGGCAGCAAGGAGAUUCUCGAUUUGAUGAUGUCAAGUCGUCAAAAUCAAAUGCCUUUGCUGGGGGCUCCUCAGCCGAAUCUUGGAGGAAGUGGAAGUUCGAACUUUAUUUCCAGCGCCCCAGUACGAGGCCGUCACUCUGACAGUUCACUUCAACACAGUUUUGCCUCUGCAUCAAAGAUAUAUGGUGUUACCUCCCCUGAUCUCUACAGUAAUUUCUCCCCGAUCCCUAAUUCAAAUCCUCCUCAAUUGUCCUCCAGACAGUCUUUACCUACUAUGACCCAACCGCUGGAUUCACCAGCCUUUCAGAUGACACAGCAGUAUCAGAAUUGGGGAAUGAUGUAUCCUCAGGUCCCCCAGUCUAGUGUACCGCCUUUCGUUCCAUCUGCACCAACGCAGCAGCCCCAGCAGACUUUUAUGCAAGGGGGAUAUGAUGCAAGUGGACUAAAUCUACCUCCUCGUUACCAGCACUUUCCCCCUUCUUCAGGCCAACCCCCACCCUACUAUCACCCCUCAGUUCCCACGACAACAACAAGGUAG